AUGGCCUUUGUCUUCUGCCAACUCAUCACAGCCACCGGCCCCCUGACCGGCCCCAGACCAGCCCCAGACCAGCCCCUAGACCGGCCCCCAGACCAGCCCCCAGACCGCCCCAGACCAGCCCCAGACCGGCCCCCAGACCAGCCCCCAGACCAGCCCCCAGACCAGCCCCUAGACCGGCCCCUAGACCAGCCCCCAGACCGGCCCCCAGACCAGCCCCCUGACCAGCCCCCAGACCAGCCCCCAGACCGGCCCCCAGACCAGCCCCCAGACCAGCCCCCAGACCAGCCCCCAGACCGGCCCCCAGACCAGCCCCUAGACCGGCCCCUAGACCAGCCCCCAGACCAGCCCCUAGACCGGCCCCUAGACCAGCCCCCAGACCAGCCCCCUGACCAGCCUAUUGCGGCUUGCCCUUUGGAUGAUGAUGACGACGACGACGACGACGAUGAUGAAGUAGUAGUAGAGAAUGUUGCUUACGACGAUGACGAUGACGAUGACGACGACGACGACGACGACGACGACGACGACGACGACGACGACGACGACGACGACGACGACGACGACGACGACGACGACGACGACGACGACGACGACGACAGAGUAGCCCCUGACUGCAGUCCGCAGAUCGGGGCGGAGCUCAACGUGGGCGGAGUCAAACGUUUGACUCCGCCCACGUUGAGCUCCGCCGAGCGGGAGCUAGGCAUUGAGGACUGUGCGUAUGACAGAGAAGGAGAAGAAGCAGAGGAGAAGAAGAGCGAAGUAGCUGGCAGGGCAGUGGAAAUGCUGCGCAUGUGUGAUGGCCUGGAUGAAGAGUAUAAAGAAGACCUCAGUGAACCGUUCAUGUUCAUGUUUAGUUUGCAGGCAGACUAUGAGGAGUUCUGCAAGGAAAUGAUGGACAAAAGGCAGCUGCAGAGAAAGCACCAGGAGAGAGGACCAGGAGAAAGCACCAGGAGAAAGCACCAGGAGAAAGCACCAGGAGAGAGGACCAGGAGAAAGGACCAGGAGAAAGGACCAGGAGAAAGGACCAGGAGAAAGCACCAGGAGAAAGCACCAGGAGAGAGGACCAGGAGAAAGCACCAGGAGAAAGCACCAGGAGAAAGCACCAGGAGAAAGCACCAGGAGAAAGCACCAGGAGAAAGCACCAGGAGAAAGCACCAGGAGAAAGCACCAGGAGAAAGCACCAGUAGGAGACGGGGAAAAAACGCUUUCGUGGAGCGGCCACCAGGGGGCAGUACCUCCUCACAGUCAGAGCAGAGGACACCGAGGAGACAGGAUCUACACCGAGCUCUGGAGGCCGAGGAGACAGGAUCUACACCGAGCUCUGGAGGCCGAGGAGACAGGAUCUACACCGAGCUCUGGAGGCCGAGGAGACAGGAUCUACACCGAGCUCUGGAGGCCGAGGAGACAGGAUCUACACCGAGCUCUGAGGCCGAGGAGACAGGAUCUACACCGAGCUCUGAGGCCGAGGAGACAGGAUCUAUACCGAGCUCUGAGGCCGAGGAGACAGGAUCUACACCGAGCUCUGAGGCCGAGGAGACAGGAUCUAUACCGAGCUCUGGAGGCCGAGGAGACAGGAUCUACACCGAGCUCUGGAGGCCGAGGAGACAGGAUCUACACCGAGCUCUGAGGCCGAGGAGACAGGAUCUACACCGAGCUCUGGAGGCCGAGGAGACAGGAUCUACACCGAGCUCUGGAGGCCGAGGAGACAGGAUCUACACCGAGCUCUGA